UGAACACUAAUCGUCUUAUCUCUAUGAAAAUUUCGCGCGAUGUGUCGGAUUUUGAAAACAUUUAAAAACAAUCGUAAUUUGAAUAAGUAAAAUGAAAAGUUAUUUUGAAGAACUGUACGCGUAGCAGUCAAAAUACUUAUAAAUGCACGAAAGUUGGCUCAUCAAAUAUCUAUCUACACAUCGAAUUCAAGCACCAGGUACGAAUGCAUAUCUUCAAUUAUUUUUACACACCCUACCACCAUAAUUAUUCAGAAAACCACACUCGAUAUGUCAACCGAAUCACCAUAUUACUAUUGCGGAACCACAUUACUGGAAAUUGGCAGAUAUUACGACGAUUAUUUGUACGCGUACGUCACGAUAGUAACAUGCUGCAUAGGAGUCAUUUUCAACCUAAUCAAUUCACUAGUAUUUACAAGAAAAACAAUGAAAUCACCGCCGAACCUGAUAUUUACUCAUUUAGCUUUCGUAGAUUUGCUACAAUUACUGAUACGUUUGUUAUCUGCAUCGCUCAAAUUGACUUACGAUAAAAAUUCAGAAGUUCGGAACACAUACGCGUGGUUAGCAUUUAGGAAAACGUACGAUGCCUGUCUAGCCACAUUUCACUUCAUAUCAGUAUUCUUGACAGUUCAGUUGGCCGUAUGGAGAUACUUAGGAGUAGAUCAUCCGGUCAAAGGACGUAAUUGGUGCAACAUGAGAAUUACACGUAAUGUGAUCGUAGCUGGUUACGUGAUGUGCAGCAUUUCGCUCGGUUUACCGACAUUUCUGGCACCAGAAAUAAAACCGAAAUGUGAAAAUUCGACGAAAUUCUACACCGAUGAUGAUUGGUUAAUGCACGAAAUAUCUGCCAUUGUGUACGGAAUGAUGGAUAGACUAAUACCGUCAGUUUUUCUAGCAUUCCUCACUUAUAGAAUAGCUGUUACCUUAUUGGCCAGAAAAACUGGCAGACCUCCAUCAGCAAGCAUACGAAAUGGCACAAGAAACGCGAAAACGAUUCAACAAAUCAAUACGUCAACAACCAUAUUGUUUAUUGUGGUGGGAUUAUUUAUCAUAGCCGAAUUCCCAAAAGGAAUACUAAGUUUACUUCGCAUGAUUUACUUUGAAAAAUCCAAUCAGAAUCCAAAAGGAUGUUAUUAUUCGCUGAUCUCAAUAUUCCAUUCGAUAACCAAUUUCAAUAUUUCUAUCACAUUUAUAGUGUAUUACACUCUAAGUCAACAAUUCAGGAAUACAUUUAAAUCUUUGUUUUGUAAGACUAUUUCUGAAACAGAAGAUGAUUCUUCUCCCCUACCUCAUUUAGGUGAUAUACUUGUACUUACUACUUCAGAAAUUACAAGUAGUGCUCGUACUUCUACUUAUAUACAUUUAUAAACCAUUGAAGUUUAUCCUAUGUACCUGUAUAUUUAUGUGACGAAAGAAACAAAUAAAUAAA